UGGGCUGGGCUGGGCUGGAGAUGGGGACUCCGGUGAACGACGGGGAAUUGCACCAGGCCGCGCGAAGCCUCACCCCUAGAGAGGCGGCCGGUGAUGCGGAGCAGCCGCAACGGGGACGGGAGCCAGUCCACGGCCUGACGGCCGGCGCAGAGAACACCAUGGCUGAGCAGGUGGCCCUGAGCCGGACCCAGGUGUGCGGGAUCCUCCGGGAAGAGCUGUACCAGGGUGAUGCCUUCCACCAGUCUGAUACACACAUAUUCAUCAUCAUGGGCGCCUCGGGCGACUUGGCAAAGAAGAAGAUCUACCCGACCAUCUGGUGGCUGUUCCGAGAUGGCCUUCUGCCCGAAGAUACCUUCAUCGUGGGCUAUGCCCGCUCUCGCCUCACAGUGGCUGACAUCCGCAAACAGAGCGAGCCUUUCUUCAAAGCCACCGCAGAGGAGAAGCUGAAGCUGGAGGAGUUCUUUUCCCGCAACUCCUAUGUGGCUGGCCAGUACGAUGACCCAGCCUCCUACGAGCGCCUCAACAGCCACAUGAACGCCCUCCACCAGGGCCCCCAGGCCAACCGCCUCUUCUACCUGGCCCUGCCCCCCACCGUCUACGAGGCCGUCACCAAGAACAUCCAUGAGACCUGCAUGAGCCAGACAGGCUGGAACCGCAUCAUUGUGGAGAAGCCCUUUGGGAAGGACCUACAGAGCUCCGACCAGCUGUCCAACCACAUCGCUUCCUUGUUCCGCGAGGACCAGAUCUACCGCAUUGACCACUACUUGGGCAAGGAGAUGGUUCAGAACCUCAUGGUGCUGAGGUUUGCCAACAGGAUCUUUGGCCCCAUCUGGAACCGGGACAACAUUGCCUGUGUGAUCCUUACCUUCAAGGAGCCCUUUGGCACUGAGGGCCGUGGGGGCUACUUUGAUGAGUUUGGAAUCAUCCGGGACGUGAUGCAGAACCACCUCCUGCAGAUGCUCUGUCUGGUGGCCAUGGAGAAGCCCGCCUCCACUGACUCGGACGAUGUCCGUGAUGAGAAGGUCAAGGUCUUAAAGUGUAUCUCGGAAGUGCAGGCCGACAACGUGGUCCUGGGGCAGUACGUGGGGAACCCCAACGGGGAAGGCGAAGCUACAAAAGGGUAUCUGGAUGACCCCACGGUGCCCCGUGGGUCCACCACGGCCACCUUCGCUGCUGUUGUCCUCUACGUCGAGAAUGAGAGGUGGGACGGUGUGCCCUUCAUCCUGCGCUGCGGCAAGGCCCUGAAUGAGCGCAAGGCUGAGGUGCGGCUGCAGUUCCGUGACGUGGCUGGUGACAUCUUCCACCAGCAGUGCAAGCGGAAUGAGCUGGUGAUCCGCGUGCAGCCCAACGAGGCCGUGUACACCAAGAUGAUGACCAAGAAGCCCGGCAUGUUCUUCAACCCCGAGGAGUCAGAGCUGGACCUGACCUACGGCAACAGAUACAAGAACGUGAAGCUCCCUGAUGCCUACGAGCGCCUCAUCCUGGAUGUCUUCUGCGGGAGCCAGAUGCACUUCGUACGGAGCGACGAACUCCGGGAGGCCUGGCGGAUCUUCACCCCACUCCUUCACAGAAUUGAGCGCGAGAAGCCUCAGCCCAUCCCCUACAUUUAUGGCAGCCGAGGCCCUGUGGAGGCAGACGAGCUGAUGAAGAGAGUGGGCUUCCAGUACGAGGGAACCUACAAGUGGGUGAACCCCCACAAGCUCUAAGUGCCUGCCCCACCCCAUCCCCUGCUUCUCUGGCCCGUCUAAGCUUUCGCCCCCACUGCCCCUCCCACCUCAGUAGGACUUUGGGACCACAGGCCUCAGCCCCAGGUUCCCCAGGCCCCAGGCUCAGGCCAGCCUCUUCCUGCCUGCCACUCAGCCCUGAGCCCCAGUUACAUUCCAGAACUUGAGGCUGCGUGCAGUGACCUCCCUGUGUGGGCCCCAGGCUGUCCCUGCACGACGUCUGCCUGUCCCCAGGACCAUCUGUCCUGGGGCCUAGGGCAGGACUCAGGGGGGAGGGGGAGGGGGCCACCUUGGGGCUGUGGGCACACACCUUCCCGUCAGAAUUUGGAAAGGAGAGGAUCACAUCCAUGUGGACACGUUCCAAGGGCCGAGAGAGUGCCCACAGUAAUGCCAGCCUCAGCGCCACUGGACAUUCCAGGUCACCAGUUGGCAAGGACCUCCAUGCUGCCCAGCAUUCCCAUGUCUCUGGCCCCCUGGGUGCCCCUCCACCACACUAAUUCUUUCUAGCUCCUCCACUCUGCACUCCGUGGCAACACAGGGAAAGCAGAGGCCAGCAGCUGGGCCCCUCCCCUCGACCUCUGCCAUUAAAGCUACAAGCCCA